CCCUCCCUCCGUCAGUCUCCAAUUGGGCCUCAGGCUUUCUUAGAUGGGCUUACAAUGGGCUUCCCGGUAGACUAGACUGGGCCGAUGAAAUGCGACGGUUGGUCUUCUUUUCUCUUGCCGAGUGGAUAAGGUUAGACGGACGGCAGACUGACGGGAGGGCGAUUCUGAUUUCUUUUUGCUCUGGUUUCUUGUUCGGCUUGGCUGGCUGUUCGAAGAAGAAAGGAGGGAGAGAAAGGCGAUAACAAUGGAGAAGUACUUUGGAAAUGCGUAUCGGGGCGACCCCGGAGUGCCGCACGCGGACCCGGACAGGUUCUUCAACAUAUGGAUUGGCUCGGCUGCUUUCUCUGCUCUCACCUGGGUCAAUCCCUACAUGUGGCAUCUCACUAACCAGUUCAAUUGGCACGACAAGGCAUUCUUAUUUGAGCAGUAUCACUGGAAGAAAGCUAGGGCCAAGAAUCAGCCCUACAAAUUUAAGUGGAACGAGUACAUGGACAAGGACCACCGAGACUCGUAUUAUUACAACUGGCCAUACUACUUCCCUUAGUCCGCCUUUCUUGUUCCGAGCAUUGUGGCGAAUGAACAAUUGGGGUUGUAGCUAGUAGAUGCAGCCUUCGUUUUGCGUUGCUUGGUAUUGUGAAUUUGAACACCUUGAAUAUAGUAGCUUCCUAGCCGGAGCUUUACUCUUUCGUCCAUUGUUCACCGCUCAUCAUAAACUUGCUCUGCUCCCUUCAAUCCCGAGCGUCACUUGCUUUAUCUUAUCUACUCGAUGAGCUUCAUGUUUAAGUGGGAAGAUUCAGUACACAAUUUCAAUUUGUCUGUCUAAUGUGUUUGGAACUUGAUAAUAAAACCAAUGACCACGGUCCACGGAUGACUGCUAAGUACUACCCGUGUUCUUUCUAGGAAGGCAUAAUGUGUUCGAUUUUCGUUCGUAAAUGAACUUGUAAUAUGGAU